UUGCUCUUUUCCGCUCCACUCAGGCAUUGUUUCCAGGCAGAUUUCCAGCAGACGUCUGCCGGGGAGAAACCACAAGGAGCGGAGAAUGUUCUCUGAGGCUUCCCAGGGCAACAGAUCAACUUUGCUGAAAGCUGCUUGGCUGUCAUCUCCUCAUAACCCCCCUCGACAGGGGCAGUGCUUUUACAGAAUGCGCUCUGACAUUUUAGCCAAGGAGACAAUAGCACGAGCAUUCUGAAGGAAUGGGAGCCAAGCAAUCAAAGGACUUUGCCACCGAGGAGCUGAAGAAACAAGUCAGGAAGAAUGCAGGGCAGGAGGAGAGCCUGUCUUCGGCGGAGAGGAUCCGCAAGCAAGCCACCACCCGCUUUGGGUACAGCACUCUGAGCUUGGCCAUGCGUGGCCUGACCGAGGCCCCCGAGGAGCUUUGGGAGCUUACGGAGUUGGAGAAGCUCAACCUGUCCCUCAACUGCCUGCUCGCGCUGUCUCCCGCUGUGGGCGCCCUGCAGAACCUGGUGGUGCUCAACCUGUGGGGGAACCAGCUGACCAGCCUGCCCCCCGAGAUCGGCCAGCUGAAGAGGCUGCGGGUGCUCUUCGCCUACCGCAACCGGCUGAGCGAGGUGCCCGAAGAGCUGAGCGAUUGCACCAAGCUGGAGGUGCUCAGCCUGGCCAACAACCAAAUUGUGGGCCUCCCCAGCAGCCUCGUGGGCAUGAGCAGCCUCAAGAAGCUCAACCUCAGCCACAACCGCCUCUCCCACAUCCCCGCCUGCGUCUACGGCAUGAAGAGCUUGGUCUUCCUGCACCUGGCGUGCAACCGACUGGAGAACAUCGCCGACCAGAUCCAGGCUCUGGUCAACCUGAAAAUCCUCAUCGUUGAGGGCAACUGCAUUCACUCCUUGCCCAAGACCCUUUGCUUCCUCACCUCUCUGGAGCUGCUCAAUGUGGACUUCAACGACAUCCAGAACGUUCCUGUGGAAAUGUACCUGCUGAGGAAGCUGGAGAAGCUGGCCUGCCACCCGCUGGAUAAGGGCCUGCACAUCAUGCACAACCCACUGCUGAAGCCCAUUAAAGAGGUGUUGGAGGGAGGACUCAGUGCCCUCUACAGCUACCUGAAGUCAGCGUGAGAUUGAAAUGUGGGAGCAACUCAAUCACUGUUAUGUGACUUAAAUCACGGCACUAUGUUAUUGGGUCUUCCGGCAGAAGGCACUCAUUCAUAUUUCAUGAGUAAGCGUUGUGUGACUUUUUUCCUUGAUCUAAACGUAAAGGACUGGAUAACCUUGCGUUAAAGCCAUUCAUUUAUCGUUUCAUGGAAAUGCCAAGACAGCCUUAAGGUUGCUGAAACUGUGGAUUUUAAUAUCACAACUGAUCGUCCCUGACAAUAUUCUUGAUUAAAUAAUGUGGGUACAGUAAUGAAGAUUGGUCUUAUUUUGCAAAGCAACUUCAUGCUGCUCUGGAGUCUGAAGGAUUUUGUGUGAAGAAACAUAAAUUAGAGAGGAAAUUAAACCUUGAGUAGAAAAGAAAUUCUGAUAAAACAUUAUCAUUAGACAGAAACAAUGAGGAGCUGGUAUCAGGAUUUCUUCCGAAGAAGUACGUUCCCAGGGCCACCUGUGAACUCAAGCGAGAGACUAGUCAUUUCCUCACCCUGAACAAGCAUGGAAUUUCUCCACUUUUUUUGUGAAGCACAUGCCUCUACUUUGCACUCUGCUGACUCAGUUCGGUUGACCUUGCUUCCCCCCUGCGGCAGAGAGACUCCGGGGGAAGAACAAGUUCAAUUACAGCAACCCCCUCCCACUUCCUUCCUCCACCUUCCCCUCCCCUGGGUCUCAGGCUGCAUAGCAAGGAUCAAGUCUGAGCGGACUAAUGGAAACUAUGGGGGGACAUUAAAUCCAACUCAAGGGGUGCCAUAAACUUUGAUUAAAUGUUCCACUCCAUCACAUCAGCAAACAGUUCAGUGUUGUAGUCACCUACUGCUUCAUUCAAGAGUUGUGACUGAACAUUGCUCAGAAACGGACAGACUGAUUCUGCACAUUUUCCUGCAACAUGAAGUUUUAAUCAAUGGAGCUCGUCUUAAUCUUUCCUAGCGGAUUUACUUUUUUUGUAUUUGUGACAUGUCAGCAUUAGGUUUGUCUGGCAAAUGUAUUGAAGUAUUGAACAAAGAACCUUUUUUAAAAAUAACCUGUUUGCUAUUCCAAAUGCAUUUGUAUCCAUUGGCUUUAUUCCGGCUGGCACCAGUCAGCAUACAAGCUAUCCCUGGACUGGAGAGGCAUGCAGAAAUCAUUCUGUUGCCUCCCGGGUCAAAGAAGUAAACCUUGUUCAUUGUUUAAAUUGACUUUUCUUAUCAGAUCAUAAAGAAUAAUGUUGUUUGUGCUGUACAGAUCGAUGCAGAGAAACAGAUGUGAAUAUAAACCAUGAUGAUGAUAAAAUGAUCUGGUGAGCACUUUUCUAUUGAUCCAUGGCUCAUGUGCACCGUGACAUAAUUUAUCUCUUAAUCAAUUACCCUGAUUAUAAAACCCUGACCCUUGUGCUUGGUUGAUCAAUAAUCUGAUUUUGGUCCCAAAUGAAUAUUGUGUUUGCAUAUAAAUGUGUGUUUUGUUCCAGUUAUCUUGGAAGAUGUCUGCAUUUGCUUAAAUGUAUAUUGAUACAUGUUACAGUAUGCAAAAAUAUGGUUGUGCAUAGUUCUUCUCAAAUCUUGCAGUUGAUAAUCAAAAUUUAAUAGAAAAAGAGAAUCUUUUGUUAGCACUUUUGCGGGAUGAUUACAUUCUCUUAAAUGAUUUAUGAACUGCGGAACUAUUCUGAUUAAAUGCUAUUCAGAGUUAAUUACGCUUUUUCUGUUUUUCACAAAGAAGUAAAAUAUACUACUGGUGAUUAUUUGCAAGUGCAAUGCAAAAACCUUUUUAGGAUUCAUAAUCAUUUUCUGUUCUUACUGUGAAUACUCUUAUCAUUUAUUAUUUUUCAAUUUUAUGCAAUAACUAUGACGCUAUUAGAGAACAGCUCUAAAACUAGUCAAAAAUAUUAAUUCAGAGUUUUCCAGCUCCUGAUAGACAAUCUAAUUUUAUGGCCAGAGCCAGCCUUACGUUUUUGCAGACAUGGGUUUUCAUCAUGUGAAGACAUCCUUAUACGUCAAAUAAUAUGGCACUAAUCACAAAAAUGAAAGUAUAUGUGCAGUACUACCAAUCUCAAAGGUGGUCAGUGGAGGUAAAAGUGUCAUAAAAUAAUGUUGUGGUGUAUUGGCUCUCUGUCCCAUGCACUUUGGAUGCCCUUUGACUUUUCGACAGCCGCAUGCUACACUUUGAUUUGUGUAUGUUUUUUCCUCUUUGAGAGCACAUAGUUUUUUCCUCGUGGUGGUUAUACGUCGUACAAUGAAUGCCAAAUCCCAUUAGUCAUGCAAAUUGUCCACUCAGCGAGUGUGCCCGGUACUCAGCCUGUGUGGAAUCAGUGUCUGAUGAGGGCACGUGUGCAUUCUUCACAGCAUUAUUGCUACUCAUACAAAAAAAAAAAAAACUAUGCAUGGUAUCCAGUUCAACAGGACAUAAACGAUUUUAUUCCAUUAAAUACAACACUACUUUCAAAAAUGUGAAACUCAGUGCACACAGCAGACACACAGACAUAUGGACAACUGUAAGAAAGCUAGCUACAACAAAAAUGUCUAAUGUAGCAAUUUUGAUAUUGUAUUUGUAGAAUUUCUAUUUGUUUGUGGUUAAAUAUUUCUUUUAAUUUAAGAAAUAUACCACUUAAGAUUUAUCACAAACGCACCAGCCUCUAACACCUUCUGCUUGUAUUGCUUUACCGAGGGAAAUAGUCUUGUAGACAAAUAUGUCAACAAUAAUGAGUGUUUUUCCACACUUGGCUGAUGUACCAGGAAGGAUGCAGUGGUUGAAUCAAAUUGCAUUUCUGAUAGAAACAGAGAAACAAAAUGACCAUAUCUCACAUAUAUUAGCUAGCAUAUUGUAUAUUUGUGACAUUUAUAUCUUAAGGAAAGAGAAUUGGUGACAUGGGUUUCCUAGAGGUGGUAAAACAGGAAUUUUAUGUGGUUAUGCUGCUUGUUAUCAUAUGAAUCAGAGAACUAAUACUUAAGCAACUGUUUUAAUGAUUGUACUGUAAAAACAGUGACGAGUAAAUAUGGUUAUGCACGGCAUUUACUGAAAAAGCUGCUAUGUAAUAAUAUUUAAUGUAAUACUCUUAUAGAAGCUGUCAUUUUCUUUCAUUUUGAUGUUAUUUGCAUAAAUUAAUCUUGCAAAUAAACAAGCUCAUAUGGAGUCUAAAAUGACCCAAGAAAUGGAAUAAAGCUCUUAUUGGUUAAAUGGAGAAAUGCAAGAGGUUUAAGGUAAAUUCAGGAAUUUCAGUUUGGUCUCUGCACAUAUAGAGCAGGCUGAAGUAUGUAGUAUGUUCUAGCUGCACGCCUGGGUUGGCUCUUGAAAAAACCAUCAUUGACGUUCAUUAACAUUCGAUUUAGGGGAGACCGUCUUCAUUUACUUCCGGUCUGUUCUAUCGUGAAUGGCAUGUACCAAAAGAAUUAAACAGCGACCUUUUGGUGAUUUGUAAAGAGAUGCCUUUUCUUAAGCCAUUGCUGUAAUUGAGAAGCUGCCUUAGUUGUUCCCGCCUGUGUACAGAGGCUAAAUGUGAACUUCUGUCCAAAUGAGCAAUCCCCAUGUUGAACAAUAGCAUUUUAUAUCCAAAGUUAGACUUGCACAGUAGGUGACUUGCACCCACUGUGCCAGUAUUCCAAACCCAAAAAGAGCAAUGUUGGUCUGUAUGCAUAUUGUAUAUAUUUUAUAUAGUGUAUAUUUUCAAGGAAUGUUUGUAUAUCUUUUGUUAAGUGUAUAUAUUUCAUACACAGAUAUUGUACAAAUGUUCAAGAGUCUGGUCUUAAUUGAGGUAACUUUCCUUUUCAUGAUCAUUUAAUCUAAUGCUUCAGGGUACUAUAGAGUCAUACUCUUGGGAUUAAAUGAAGGAUGAAAUUUGUGGGAGUGAGGGAGGGUAUGUGGGGUUUUCCUUUGAGGCAUAACAUUGACAUCUACUGGCCAAUUUAAGGCAGUUGUUAAUUUCGUGCAGGAGGGAAUGUUUCUUGUAAAUGUAAGCAAACAGCUUGCAGUUAUUUUAAUAUUCUGAAAGCAUUGGCUUUAAAUAAACCAUUGCAGACGAUGAGCUAUUUUAACAGAAAGUCACACGGCAGCAUUGAAAAUAAUUUCUUGCCUGAGAUACAGUUCUUCGUUCCUAUUGGAUCAUAAACCAGGGCUGGUCCACCAAGAGCCAAAAUGUCCUCUGUAGUUAAAUCCAAACCCUCAAUUACCUCAUUGCCAAAGAUAUUUCAGUCAAAAUAGCUGAGGUAUUUGGCAAUUGAUUAAAUAAACAGACAGAACCAACAGGAGUGUGCAAUGUAGUUCAUGAUAGCAAAUUGCCUGGCAGAACUGCUGUGACCUCAAAUCACUGUUAUACAACAGACAUUAAACUCCCAGCACGCCCAGUAGCGAUCAACACUGGUCAUGUCUUUGCACUGGAUAUAUGCAUCUGUCUGGGUAUGUGUAUGUGUGUGUGUGUGUUUUGUGUGGCUCCUAGUCUGGUCAGGCAGAAGUUUUUCUGGUGCUUUUUUUAUUCUGUUUAUUUGGCCUGAUUUGAAUAAUGUUAACUAGAUUUUGAGCCCCAUUAAAAACUGGGCAACUGUACUUUUUCACAGAAGCAAAGCAGGUAAAUGUGCAAAAAGCAGUCACCCAUGAUAAAUCCCCAAACCGCAAUCGCAACCCACUUCCGAGAGAACCUACAGACGCGCUGAUUGGGUGCUGCGAGUAGACGCGCUGGACAAUAUUCUCGCAAGAAAAGUUUAUUUCGGAACAGUGGGCGGACAAGCGCGGCAGGAAUGGAAAAAUUCACAUGCUGGGCAACCUCCCUCUGUCCUGCCUCCACAUCCUCCAUCUCCCGGAGCAUGAUGAAGAAGCGCAUUGUGUCCUUCUCUUAUCUACAGACCGUGUGCAAGGUUAAGCGGCCAAUUCAUCUGGCCCCGGCGAUCGGCGGGCGCUUAAGUUCUCAUCGCCGCGCUGUUGUGCUGUCCACCGCCCCUGCGCACAUGACCCUGAAUCCCCGGCAAGUUCCUGAUAUUGUUUCCAGGAGGAACAUUUAUCUCUCAGCGUGGAGGGAGGGAGGGAGGGAGAGAGGGAGGGAGGGGUAGAGCAGGAGAGAGAGAGAGAGAGAAAGGGAGAGAGAGAGGCCCCUGGCCUGCUCUCUGGCUCUCUCAUUCCCCAGAUACUGAUUAAACUGCUUUAUCUUGCUCACCUCCACUCUGCUGGCCCUUGUUGGAGGAGACCGGUUAGCACUGUGGUGCCCUCCUCCACGUCUCUCUCCGCUGCCUCAGGGCUUUCCACAGAGCCGGCCGCCGAGCAGUCACUCAUUUGAAAAGAAAAUGAUUGCCUCUUGGUGUCAAGGGUAACUAGGACAGGCCUGAAGGUGACGCCUUGCUUGACCUGGAGUGUUUCUAAUCAACCUUUAUAGUCUUCAAUUAGAGCACUGAAUCUGAGGAGAGGUAUUUUCUGACAUGUUCUCUGUCAUUUGUUUCAUUGGUCUAUGUUGCAGGUAAGUAAUUACAGUAAGGGUUAGCCGUGAGGCUUUUCCUGCUAGUUCUUAGUAUUACUGUUGUUGACCACUGUGUUUCACCUAAUUGACCCAUAAUUUUCAUAAUAAUGUUUUAUAUAUAUUUUUAGCACUACCGCGGUCAAUAUCAAGAUAUGGCUGUUGGA